UUUCUCCCUCUCUCCUGACUAGUUUCACACAUAAUUGAUUAACUUUCACUAUGGGACAAAGGUUGAGGUCCUCCUUCAUUGUUUUUCACCUUUGCAUCUUAGAAGGAUUCUCUUUUCUUUCUGCGUGCACAAUUCACAGCAGUAGCAGAGCAGACGGACAGAUGAUGGAACCAACCAUUGGUGACCUGAGCGAUCCUCUGAUUAACCACACAGAGGGACAACUCUUCCUUCAUGAAGCCUUUAAAAUUAUUGUGGAGGAGGUGCUCUGCAAAGGCACAGAUGUCAAGGAGAAGGUGUGUGAAUGGAAAGAGCCAGAGGAGCUAGCCCUGCUGCUGGAUCUGGAGCUGAGAGAGAACGGCGAGCCCCAGGAAAGAGUCCUACAGAGAGUGAAAGAUGUUGCAAAGUACAGCAUUAAAACAAGUCAUCCACGUUUCUUCAAUCAGCAGUACGGUGGUGUUGAUUAUCAUUCUUUGGCUGGACGUUUCCUCUCUGAAGCCCUCAACACUAAUCUCUUCACCUAUGAAGUUGCACCAGUCUUUAUAUUGAUGGAGGCUGAGGUGCUCAGAGGGCUCCGUAAGCUGGUGGGCUGGACAGAAGGGGACGGCCUUUUCUGCCCUGGAGGAUCCACCUCAAACAAUUACGCCAUGAACCUCGCACGCUACAGACUCUACCCAGAGGUUAAAAGCCAGGGCCUGUGGAGUCUCCCGCGACUGACCGUCUUUACAUCACCGGAGAGCCAUUACUCUGUAAAGAAGGGUGCUGCAUUUCUGGGUUUGGGAAUGGAUAAUGUCAUCUUGGUGAAAGUGGAUGAUGGAGGUCACAUGAUUCCAGAAGACCUGGAUGAAAAAAUAGAGCUUUCAAAAUCUCAGGGUAGUGUGCCUUUCCUUGUGAGCUGCACCGCAGGCACUACAGUGCAGGGGGCUUUUGAUCCGCUGGAUCGCAUAGCUGAUGUUUGUGACAAACACAAGCUGUGGCUGCACGUUGACGCUGCCUGGGGAGGAAGUGUGCUGUUUUCCAAGAAACACAGACAUCUGAUGGAAGGAGUUCACAGAGCAAACUCAGUAGCCUGGAAUCCACACAAGAUGCUGGUUGCUGGCCUGCAGUGCUCUGUUUUGCUGCUUAAGGAUACCACGAACUUACUGAAGAAGUGCCACAGUGCAAAUGCAGCAUAUCUGUUCCAGCAAGACAAAUUUUACGAUGUGAAUCUGGACAUCGGGGAUAAGUCUUUGCAGUGCAGCCGCAAAGUUGACUGUCUGAAGCUGUGGCUGAUGUGGAAAGCCAUCGGCUCUACUGGAUUGGAACAGCGUGUAGACAAAGCCUUUCUACAUGCAAGGUAUUUAGUGGAUCAAAUGAAGAAAAGAGAUGGGUUCCAACUUCUGAGAGAGCCAGAGUUUGUGAAUGUGUGCUUUUGGUUCAUUCCACCGAGUCUGAGAGGGAAGGAAAAAAAUGCUGACUAUCAGAGCAGACUGGCUAAGGUUGCUCCAGUAAUCAAGGAACGCAUGAUGAAGCAAGGCACUAUGAUGGUCGGCUACCAACCUCUUGGAGACAGGGUCAAUUUUUUCCGCAUAACAGUUUUUUCCCCCCUGAUUUCCCAAGCAGACAUGGACUUCUUCCUUGAUGAAAUAGAGAGACUGGGAAAAGAUUUGUGACAGAAAUAAUUGUAGCCACAUAAAAUGGUUAAACAUAAAAAAUACUAAUUCUAAAAUACUAAUUGUUUUUUUUUGUUUUUUUUUUCUAAACCUGCUGUAUAAGUAUAGUUGUAUAACAUCACACAUAUUGCAUCACAACUGGAUAGAUGAACAAAUAA